AUGAGCAGUACCCUCAACCUGAGGAAAUACGUGCUCAAAGACUCCACCGACGUGUUCGGCUCCGUGUCGGCCAGUAACAGCCUAGACCAGAUCCUGCGCGACGCUGAAGGCACGAGAAAGAAGACCAAGUCAGGAUUGAACGACAGCCUAGGUCGCGCCGUGCUUUCGGACCCUAGAGCCGCUUUAGGUAGCAUAGCUCAACUGGCCGGACCCACGCCGUUCAGUUACCUGGGCAACUCUUUUCGCCAUUCCCUGGUGACAAUAGUGGCAGUUCUUGGCAGCCGGGCACCACCCCGACGGCCGCGCCAGCGAUGGCCGCGCCCGCGUUCGCUCCCGCCGACACUGGCGCCUUCCAGCUGCAGAAACCGCCCGGCAAGCGCGGCAAGCAAUGAUAUUGGCGGUAACCGGGGCUCAGCUAGCCCUGUGAAACUUCAAAAAUUAUGAACUUUACCUACUUCUGACGCGACUACGAACUUUCGCGCAUUCGCGUUGCUGCGGGUUCGAAUUUUACUUGCAGUAACUGCUCCGGUCAAAUCGGCAAGCAAUGAUAUUGGCGGUAGCCGGGGGCCCUGUGAAACUUCAAUAUAAAAUAACUUAAAAAAUGAUGUACUUCCGACGUGUGACAGCCCAAUACAACAAAAUUAGAAGGCGCGCCAGCUCCGGUUUCGGCUUCUCUGCUCCGGUCAACGCGGCAAGCAAUGAUAUUUGCAGUAACCGGGGCUCAUAUAGACUUGUAAAAACUUCUAUAUAAACUAGCGUAGCUCCUAAAUUAAGUACCUAGUGACGCGCAACUACAGCCCAAUGUUUAGAAUUCGCGCCGCCCCUGGCUUUUAGUUCCGUAUCUGCGGCCAACAAUGAUAUUGGCUGUAAACUUACACAUUAUGAAAUUCUGUGAGACGUUAUUUAUUAAUUUAGGCGAAGGGUAAUGCGACACUAGCGCCACUUCGAACAUGAUCUUAAAUAAGCUUAAAUAAGUUUUUGAGGAGAAAUACAAACCAAAAAUUGUAUAGCGAUUUCAAAAAUACUAAAGACGUUUUCUAACCAAACCAGCUUUGUGCUACUUUUUACCCCAUAGUGUUAUUUGUAUUGAUGUGUUGCUGGAAUAAAAUAUUUAUAUUCUAUUGUAGGCUACUUUGUGGCACUAGUGUCUCAUUAACCUGAGCUUUAAUGAUAUGCCUAUAAGUGAAUGAUAAUGAUAUUAGGGGCAGUUAAAAACAGGAUAGCUAUGCGAUGAAAUAAUUGUAAUGAUACAUUUUUUACGGUAGAUAUUUAAUUAUUGUGUUCAUAAUAAAUCUACCAAAUAAAUAAACGUGGGUUAUAACGAUUCAAAUAUUCACAAUUUUGUAAUAAUGUGUUGCCAGUGAAGUUUGUAAAAAAGAAAUGUUUUUUAUGUAAAUGUUGACAUUAUUUUUUUUUAAUUUGAUGUUACUCAUGUUUAGCCUUCACAUGAAGCGGACAGUAUCUUGCUCGCAAGAUAAACUAUCCCUCUCAAAUUAUGACAGUUAGAAAAAGACAGGUAGCCUAUCUUGCGUAUAGAUACAUGUCUUCACUCUUAUCUUGCGAAUAUGAUCUUAAUGAAGAUCUCGUUACAGUACUUAUUUGUUAUUAUAUGUACAGUUAACCAAUUGGAAUUCUAUGCCACUGUAGAACUAUGUCAUAGUGACGUUAUAAAACAGAUUGUAAGAAAUGUCUUACUGCUUCUCAUUUUGACAUGGUUGUAGUGGCCUAGGGUUCCAAUUGGUUGACUGUACAUAAUUAUAUCGGUGCUAACUAGCGGUACGCUGAAGUGAUGUGUAUUAUUAAAGUUUAGAUACUAACAUGUAUAUAUAAACUCAGAGAAACUCUUGUAUUAAGACAUUGGAUAUUAUGUUCGUAUCGAAUUUUUUAACUAACAAUUUCUAUUAAUAAACGUCACUUAUUCGUGCCCGAGUUAGAUACCGCAUAUACUACUUAUGCUAAAAAUCUGUACAUAUUUGAAACUGUAAUUUAUGUGAAUCGGAAAUAUACAAAAUAAUUGUUAA